GCUUCGAGGCCCAGUUCUCUUUCCCUCCCCUCUGGAGGAAAUUGGUCUCUCGAAUCGAUCGAGAGGUCUGGUCGAGAACCUCGAUCGGUUCGGUCGGAUCGCCAGGCAUGGCGAACGAGGUUGCGAACCCGAUCGAUUUUCGGUUCUUGGAUGAAGGAUUGGGAGGUCCCUUGAACAAUCCCAAGAACAAGAGGAAGAGACGAGAAGACGAGGAAGAACGAGCCGCCGAAGAGUCGGCGAUGGAAAUUGUGCAGCCUGCAAAAAAAGCUGCGAUAGGUGGUGCCACUGAUAGCAAGCCUGUUUAUGGGAAGCCCACUUAUGACGGAACUUUGGCUGGGAAGGUUUCUGGCAGGAAAUGGAAGCAGCCGAAGACCUGUAGAGCUGCAGCUUUGAAGGUCACUGGACGGAAGAGUACUCUGGAGGAGCUCAAUCGGACUCGGGAGAUCAAGAAAGCGUACAAGGCCCGCAUGCACGAGUUGAAGGAGCAGAUUAGGUUGAACAAACGUGCCAAGCGGGAACAGGUAGAGUUGAGGAAGAAAAUCAAACACGAGAACGAGAUUAGGUCACAACCCGUGCAGAGAAUUACAAAUCCGAAGACCUUGAAGAAGAUGUCAAAGAAGCAGCGCAAGCUUCUCAGGGUCAUUCCCGACUAAGUAAAGCAUUUUUUAUUAACUACAUUUUUUCUCUUGUGGAUAUAUGAUUUUCCUUGGUUUGAGUUACAGCUGAAGACGAGCUCGACAGCUCGAGAUGGACUCGAGGUUUAUUCAGUUAAUGUAUGUAAUAAACAGGUGAAAUGAAUUGUCUCCUGCGUACCAUGACGUCACGAUUUUAUUUAUGUUUCCCCAUCAGUUGAAAAUUUGUAUCAUUGCUGAGCGUUUCUCAAAGCCAGUCACUGAACCCUGUGAGUUUGUGCGUUUCCUUAUCUGUGGGUUCGUUACAUAGCCUGAGAAUUUCAUCAAGGCUUUUGACUUAUGCAGUGCAGUUUUGCUUCUAUCAUUGGGACAGGCCACGUUUUGGAGAUCUGUCUGUGCACUAGAUAUGGACUUCGAUCCACUUCUGGGAAUGUACACUCAGCUAUACGCACAUCAUUGUUAUCAGAUAAUUCAGCAUUCAAUUAUCUCAAAAGCUCCCAGUUGUAUAAAUCACACGAGUUUCACGCAUCAGGCCCGUAGUAGAUUGCUGUGGAUACUAAAGAGCAUCCGACCUUUCUUAACCAGCUGACAAAGCUUCUGUGUCGUAAGUAGAGCACUUUGUUACGGGUAGUGAAUGUUUGCAACGGUUUGCCCAUCUUUUGGUGAUUUAGUAUGAUCUUCGGAAUCGCCGGCAUGGUUUUCUUGGAGUUCUAGCCUAUUUCAAAGGAAUUCUGAGAACCAUACUGGGAUCGGGAGUAUUAUCGAUUCCCCUUGUGGACCAAGCCGUUUCUUUGAUGAACGAGGUUGUUAUCAUAUGAUUACCAAGUCUGUCAUCAUUUGAUUACUAUGUCUCUGUCAAUUAGUCCAAGGUUGUGUGCAUUUGAAGACUAGAAUCUCCCGUGGAGAUCAUGAUAAAGUGGUUGCCAGCUGAGACUUGACUGCAGGAGGAACCCGCGAUGCAGAUCUGGAUCUUUCACACUUUUGUCGAUUUCAUCGCCUAUUGAAAUGGACAAAUCCUGCACAUCAGACCUUAUUGCCAAGUCUAAGGACAGGACUCUCAGCAAUCUGGUUGGCCGGCCGGUCGAAGUACUGGACUUCGCUGGGACAAGAUUACAAGCAAUGCUCUUCACUCCCACAGACGGCCUCCUUGAACUGUAGGUCUGGACAAGAAGACGAGCAAUGCAGUUUACUCGUAGACGGCCUCAUAAAACUGCAGGUCUGAUUCAGACCGUCUGAAUGGGCUAAAGAAGCUGCUUGUGUCUUCCAGUGAUGUUCAUAUAGUUGCUAUAUACACGUCCAGCUCAGGAUCCUCCAAGAGACAAGUGUCUCUCAUAUCCAGUUUCCUGAGAAUCUGAAGGACGGAUGCCGAGACGGUUAGAUCUAAUUUGAGCUGCAGCUUUAGAACCAUACGAAGUGAUAUUUAGAGAGAAGCACACAGUUUUUGUACACACUGCUGACAGACGUUUGGUUUCUCUGAGAUCAACUCUGUUACAUCCGGCGAUGUCUUCUCGAGUGCUGGAAACGAAGGUGUGCUGUCAAACAGUAUGGCAGUAAAGUUUGAGAAGAAGUGAAAGGCUAGCAUAAACCAAGAAGAGUUGGCAAAUGAAAAAUACAAGUUUUCUACUAUAUGAAUAGGAAUCAACUGAAUAAUUGCAAAUUGUUUUAGCGGUCUGCACGAUAUGGAGUCUCUAAAAUCGCAAGCUAUAGCCAGAAGCCUUGGGAUUGUCUUCCGUAUCAGUUUCUCUUUCACUAUAUAUCAGCUCCAACAGCAUGACACUCCAUUCCGGUACAAAGUCGUCGAGUAAGUUACGAAUACGACCCGUCGUCGUCGUAAACAUUGGAAACAUUGUAUGCACUUGAACGGCUCCAAAAGUCAAUGAUUAAUUGUGUAUAUCUUUCCCACAUCGACGUGAUCAGAGACUUUUGUUUUGUGAAAACCUCUGUGCUUCAUACAAAUAUUGUGAAGUUUUGAAUGAUUUCAUUACAGCUGAAGACGAGCUCGACAGCUCGAGAUGGACUCGAGGUUUAUUCAGUUAAUGUAUGUAAUAAACAGGGGACAUGAAUUGUCUCCUGCGUACCAUGACGUCACAAUUUCAUUUUCCCA